AUGCAUGGCAUACGGGAGGCACACUUCAAUCCCAAUAACUUUGAGAAGAUGCGCGUCCCCUACGCCUACCAUUUUUUUGGUCCACAAAUGACCCGUGGUCUGCGCUUCUACCAACAAGAUGUCGAUCCAUCAAGACGCAACUGCAUACAGGCGACUUUGCGGUUCUUUGAGAUGACAAACAGCAUCAUCACCAUCAUGUCCUCUCGAUACGCCAGAGUAGCGCUGCGGUUGAACUCGAGUGCGGUCGACUGCCUCAACACCUUUCUUGCUUGCUUGACAGAAUGGGAGUCGCACGCAAAAGGCAAGCGGGUCUUCCUGAGCAACGUGUUCGUGAAGAGUAAGCAGGACCUGCCAUUGUUCGGCAUCCUGAAGGAUGAAAACAGGCCGAAAGAAUGCGAGAAGAACCAGCACAGAGCGGACAAGCUUCUGGAAGACACCAACGCAGUUUGCGAACUACACUUGCAACCACCUCUAAGCAUAUUAUCGAUGGAAAAAAAGUGCGCACUGCCGGAGAGAAGCCAGCGAUUGGAGCGUAGAAGGGUCCUGGUGGUGGGGGACUCUAACGUGGCCAGGGUUAGGGAUGGCGUCUUCAAGACAGUGAAGGAAGAUGGGAGAGUCAGGGUGGAGGCCCAGUCAGGGAAGAGCGUGGUGGAUGCACUGGCCAAAGUUCAGGAGGUUGUACAGAACAGCAUGGAGGGCGAAAAUCUCGUCAAUAUUCAUGCUGGGCUCAAUGAUGUGUUGAAUGGCAAGGAUCAGAACCUUCAAAGAAAGCUAGAGGAUGGGAUGCGUACGCUCCGAGAAACUUCUGGGAGUGUGCAUGUGACCAUAUGCACAGUCCCAGAGGUCUGUAAGCAGCCUCGUGGGAUUGAAAGGAAAUUAGUGGAGGCCGAUUGUGUGAUCAAGGGUUUGAGCCGGCAACUCGGAUACAGCGUAAUGGAAGUUAACCAAGACGUGUACGAGCCCGGAGCUCGCCUCUUUGCACAAGAUGGCAUUCACUACAAUGGUGUGAUGGGAAGAAGGGUCGGUAACAGAAUGGGUCGCCAAGCCACAGUUUUUUAG